GAGAGAGAGAGAGAGAGAGAGGAAUAGAAGCGAGGAGAAACAGCACGUCAACAGCAUCCCCGCUAUCCAUCCCGUUCUGGAUCUGAGCUGAGUUUGAGCUCUGGUCCCAAGAGGAUCAGAACUUAGGGACUCUGGGAUCUACUGAAUCAGGAUUUUAGGGCUUUGCUUCCUACUGGAUCAGGUCUUUUGGGUUUCAGACCCUACAGGAUCAGGACCUAGGAGCUCUGGCUGCCUGUUGGGUCAGGACCCCGGGGCUUUGUUUCGGAUCGUGUGGUUGGAUGAGGGCCGCGAAACAGCCCCCCCGUGGGUGUCACCUGGAGAGGCGCACAUGAGCGUGAGAACCACACGGUAGAGGAUCGGGGCUUUAUGCAGAGCCGGGGGGGCAUGCCAAGCCCCGCACGGUCAGCCCGGCUGCGGCGGGGGGGCAGCGGGGCAGCUAUCUCGGCACUCUUCACCAUCAGCGAGGAGGAUGAGCAGCAAAAGAGCAGCACCCCCCAGAGGCUGCCAGGCACAGAAGCUCACCUCAAAUCCGGGGAGAAGGCCUCCGGUCGACCUACUUCUGCUGGAGUGGGACAGAACGUCAGCAGCAGCGCUGGGAGCAGAACAGCAGAGCCCUUGUCAUUGAAGACUGACGAGCGUCUUCGGCUGGCCCGGGAGCGGAGAGAAGAACAUGAGAAGCAGUUUGCCCUGCGGGAGACGGCCUGGCUGCAGCGGGAGGAGCGUGCCCGGCAAUACUACGAGAGGCAGCUGGAGGAAAGGCGUAAACGGCUGGAGGACCAGAGGGCUCGAGAGGAGCAGCGCAGGGCCGCUGUGGAGGAGAAGCGAAAGCAGAAGCUGGAGGAAGAGAAGGCUCGGCACGAGGCGGUGAUACGCCGGACCCUUGAGCGCAGCCAGAAGACCAAGCCGAAGCCGAACCGCUGGUCCUGGGGCGGGACCCACCACGGCACCACUGGCCACACCAGUGCCUCCAAGAAGUCUAUGCCCUGCCGCUCCUACAUGCUUCAGUUUCCCAUUCUCUCUUUUACUUCACACACACCUAAGCAGCCAGACCUAGUGUCUGAUAUCAGAGGCCUUUUUGAGUCUGCUAUCCUAUUUCCUCUCGAUCUAGAGGGCCUAGAACGUCACUUCCCAGAUGUGGACAGGAGGUCGGUUUCCACAGUCAACCUCUCCAAGCGGCCAGAGCCAGUGAUUACCAAGCGAUUGUCAUCAUCUUCAGCCACGCUUAUAAACACUCCAGACAGAGCCUUACAGAAAAGGACUUCCCUCUUAAAUAGACCUCAAUCCAAACAGCCCGUCAGAGGCCGGACUGCCGGGGACAGAGCCGCAGCCACUCGGCGCUUACCGCUGAGCGUGUGGGAGAGCACCAUGGUGAACCGGCUACUGACCCCGACGCACUCCUACCUGGCGAGGAGCCGCAGCGCCGUGUCGCUGUCAGGUGAUGCAGUCAUCCCCAUUUGUCCCCGUUCAGCCUCCUGCCACCCCAUGAGCGGCACUUCUUUCAAGUCCCUGCAGUGCCGCAGCGCCGAGCGGGCGAGGGCUCCGCCCCCCAGCCUGGACUUGGCCGCUCGCCGCCGGACGCUGGGCACGGUGGCUAAGCCAGCGAAGGACAAAGACUAUGUAAGGAAGUCUUGGAGCAACCUCUCCGUUCCCACACCUGCUGUCAUCAAAAGGUCGCGGUCGCCUGGAAACCAGAAGCAUAGAGUGCCAGCGCCCUCACCAGUUCGUGCAUCUAGCAGGCCCCCACAGAACCUCUCCCUGCUGAAGUCCUCCAGGACCCUUCCCAGCCUGCCCCUGUUCCCUGGUAACCUGCGACCUUCCAAGUCACUGCCAAAGCUCCCAGCAAAUCCAGAGCUACCAGCACCUGUGACAGAAUUAGAGGAUGGAAUGGAACCAGCGGCCGGAACGGAACCAGUGGCCGAAACAGAACUGGCAGCUGAAGCAGUAUCUGUAACAGAGCCAGCUGCUGAAAUGGACCCAGAGCCCAUAGAGGACACGACGCCUAGAGAUGAGUCUAACAUUGCAGAGACACAGCAGGGAACCCCCGCCCCAGCUAUUCCCAUAGCCUCGCCCUCCACGAAGCCCAUGGCCGGGACCAUGGACCCUGAGGAGGCAUCCCGGCUGCUGGCAGAGAAACGGCGUCAAGCCCGCGAGCAGCGGGACCGCGAGGAAGAAGAGCGUAGGCGGGAAGAAGAGGCCGAGAGGCGUAGCAGGGAAGAGAUGGCUCGCAGGAAGGCAGAGGAGCGGGCCAAGCGAGAGGAAGAGGAGCGCAUGCGGCAGGAAGAGAGGAAGAAGAGGGAGGAGGAGGAGGCGAAGCAGGCUGAGGAAGAGAGAGCCCAGAGGGAGAGGGAGGAAGCAGAGCGUCUUCAGAAACAAAAAGAGGAAGAGGAGGCCCGUCAGAGGGUGGCUGCGGAGCAGAGGCUGGAGAGGGAGCGACACUUCCAGAAGGAGGAGGCUGAACGCAUGCAGAGGAAGAAGCGACUGGAGGAGAUCAUGAAGAGAACCCGCAAGUCGGAUCCUCCUGAGAAGAAAUCUACUUCUCAGAGAAAUGGAGAUGUUUCUCAGCAGAGCACCAGUGAAAUGGGACCCACCCUGGAACUUGAAGCACCUGUAGUUAUUCAGCCACACCCAGAGGGGGCACCAGACCUGGAGCAUAGAGACCACAGAAUGCCUGAGCUCACCACAGCUGCUGAAUGUUCCUCGGAAAGAGACUCUCUGUCAAAAGAGAAUGGAAUUCCUGUACCAUCUGUCUUUGAGGAAGUCAUCAACUUGUCAGUCGGAACUAAGCUGACCAGGUUGGACAUGGAUGGAGAGAAUGGGGUGAUUCCUGUUGUCGCCUUCAGGGAGAACGGGUCUCUGAGGCCACUGGCCGGUACAGAUGAGAUCCAGGUUCAGCAGGCAGCAGUAGAUCUGCUAUGACAGGUUGGGUACAGGGUGGGCAGCACUAGCUUGCCACUCUGUCAUGACCGUUUAUCCUGAAGAAGAAUGCAGUUGUUCUCCCAGACUGGCACAUCAAGAGAAACCCUGAACGGUACAGCUAUCUGGGUUAGUUUGAAGCUUGAAGCCAUUUUCCUGCUGGACCUCCUGUCUCUCUCGAGGUGACUCUGCUUUGUGUGCUCUGCACUCGACUGACCCGCAUCCGUUAGAGUGACGGACCAUUAGAAUUCGGGCCAUACUAAUUACUGUACAUUGAAUCCAGAUGUAAUGUUGUCUAAUACUUGAAGAACUACUUGCUGUAGGAAUAUCGGCGUUUGAAGUCAAGUUAAAGACACCGGGUGUUUAAACAAGAGGGCAGAUAUGAAUGGAGUGCUGUCAUGGGGUAAAGGACAUCUGAGAAAACUAAGAAUAGGCUGCACACCACUUAACCUAUUUUAAUUGCUUUAAUGUGAAAUUAUUAUUAUUAUUUUGUAAAGCACUCAGCUUUAACCGUUUAGUUCCAUUCACUAAGGUUUCUUAGUUAUUAAAGUUUCUAAGUUAUUAAAGCUUAAACCCCAAAACCAAAGAUUCCAGUAAUUAGUAAUUUCAAAUGUCAAGUAAAGGACAAAAUGCAAAAUAUAUAGACACUGUCAUGUGUCUAGACUGCAGCCUAUUAUAGACUGCUGAAUACUCUUGUGUUUAGGUGCUGGUACUAGUGAUUUCACUUGUCAGAUAAGAUGCACCUUGCAGUAUAAGAAACCUUAUGAACUGUUGGAAGAAUCAUUUGUGUUUUGUCAAGACUGCUAGUAGGCGAGCAUACCAAAAUGUGGAUUCGAAAUGGAAUGAUCCAGUCACCUAACCCAUCUGUCAGUAAUACCUUACAGAUCGAUGCUGCUACUCAUGAACUCUCCUUUUCCGUAUCAGGUUUUGACUAUGAGAUUUGAACGGUCUUUGAAAGUAAUUGUUCGUUUCAGAGCAAAGUGCUUAGAAGACAUUGAAUAAAAAAAAAAACUGCAUUCCUGAAAUGUGACUUUCAUGCAGUUUGAGUCUUUAGGUUUGGGUUGUUUUUUUUUGGGAUGUAAAUUUCCAUGUUCCACUCUGUAAGCACUCGUUCUCAAAGCUUUGCACUUCUGCACGAUUCUAACGAGAAUUAUUUCAGGAAUUAUGAAUUGUCUUUGUACGAUUUGAAUUGUACUGGCAGGCUAGGCCCCCGGUACACUCUGUUUGAUUUGAUAUUAAAACCAGGGAUCAUUUAUUAUGUAAAAAAAAAAAAAGAAAAAGUUCAAAGGUUAAAUAUUAUAUGUCUAUAUACAGAGAAAUAUACUUAUGAAAUGUAUAUUUUGUUAAAAUAGAUGACAAAGCUUUGAAAACAGAAUAACCAGCAAAUGCAUUUAUUGAUCAUCUGAAGGUCUGUGCUAGUCAUUAAAUGAUUUUAGUUCUGAUUUGGGAUUUCUCUGAUUUGAUUUUGUCUCCUGUUUUCACACAGUCCACUCCACACUAGUCCAUGUUCAUAGAUUUAAUGAUACCUCUCUGUCAAAACCGUAACAGCUUUUCCAUUAUUCAAUCUGUAUGGCAUGUUAAAAAAAAAAAAAACAAUAAAUAUUAUUUGUGAAACAAUGA